GAGUACCUUGUGUUUGUUGCAUCAGACCCAUCGAUCCCGGCCCUUACGGAGAACCCCAGGCGCCUGCUUUCGAAAGACACGCAAGUGACGACAAGAUGGCAGGCGCGGGUAAGACACAUGCGUCCGACGACGCGGCACUCCAACGGACGCUCGCACGCGUCAAGGCCAUUCGCUCCCACCUGGACACGAAGGCGCGUACCAAGCGGCUCGAAGGCAAGGUCGCCAUUGUCACCGGGUGCAACAGUCUGGCAGGAAUUGGGCGGGCCACAGCACGACUCUUCGCUCACGAGGGCGUCAAGCACUUGUACUGCUCAGAUUACGCAGACGACAACCUCGCCGAGCUCAAGAGCUGGCUGAACAAGCUGUACCCGGAUGUCGCUGUAGAUGUCAUCCAGGCCGAUGCCGGAGACGAGAAGUCAGUGGUGGGAUUGGUGCAGAGAGCAGUGAGGGAUGAGGGCCAACUCGACAUCUUCUUCGCGAACGCCGGCAUCGGCCCAUUCCACCCGCUCGAGUCGACCGAGGCAGAAGAUGUGAAGGAGGUUCUGCGCAUCAACACAAUCAGCUGCUACCUCGCCGUCAAGCACGCUUCCGAAGCCAUGAAGCGCACCUCCGCAUCUAAAGCCCAGUCCGGGGGAUCGAUCGUCCUGACCGCCUCUGUCGCCGGCUUGCGCUCUGGCGCGGGUUUCAUCGACUACUCAGCGUCCAAGGCUGCUGUCAUCUCAAUAGCACAGACAGGCGCGUGGCAGCUCAGCGGCACCAACAUCCGCGUCAAUGCCGUCUGCCCAGGCCUGAUCGAAACCGGCAUGACGGAGCUGGUCUUCGAAACGGCACGGGGAAGAGGCACGGAAGGCCGCAUCGGCCAGCUGAAUCCGCUACGGCGCUAUGGAGUUGCUCAAGAGAUCGCAAACGCAGUCAUCUUUCUCAGUUCGGAUGAGGCGUCCUACGUGAACGGAGUCGCCCUUCCCGUAUGCGGCGGCCUAUCUGCCUCACAUCCCGUCGCGCCUGGUAAGAGCUACUAACUGAAAGUGAAACAGCACGCCAGCCAACGUCACGAUCAUCUGUUUUGUAUGCAAAGGGUCAUCGAUUCAAUGAUGGUGGUGGUGAUGCGAA